UCCGUGUGGCUAAACUUAAACAUGAUGCGUCCGGGCGGGGACCCGUCUAAAAAACCCUCCCGCGAGAGAAUUGAUGGCGCUCUCUCACUUCUUUGUCUAUACGAGAUUAUCCAAGAAAUUUGUUGUACAGUCAUGUAUCUCGAAAUAAUCUCUCUCGACGAAGCGCUCUUCGGUCUUCACGUUGGGCAAGUACUUUAGCAUUAAGAAGAGGUACGCAAGUGUCGAGACUCCGGGCCGAGAAAAAUUUUCAGAAAUGAACCGUGUAAUCUCCGUGCUUCUAGUGCUAGUCCAUGCCAUCGCUGCAGUGGGUGCUGUCCCGUGGAACGACGAGACUCGUCUGGUCUCAGAUCUGUGGACGAACGCCGGGUACGAUGUCGAGACCCGCCCGGUCCGAAACGCCUCCGAGACGGUGCAAGUCGCUCUGCUGGUGGAUGUCUUCACCAUCCUUAAUCUUGAUUCCAAGGAACAAGAAAUUAGAAUUGCUUCUGUAUUUAACAUGAAAUGGCAAGAUGACAGGUUGAAAUGGAACCCCGACGUCUACAACGGCCUGGAGUAUCUGUCAGUUGCGGCUGGCAAGACCUGGUAUCCCAAACUCCGGGUGAUGAACGCUCUUGAAGAGACCAGACUUCUCACGGACGAUACAGAAGUGAUGAUCACCAGUGAGGGCGUGCUUCACGUGCUUCACUCCCUCGUCUUCGAGACGCAAUGCCACCUUCAACAGGCGUUGUUCCCCUUCGAUGUCCAAGACUGCGGGUUCCUUGUCGGCACAGUUGGCGUCCCGAGCGGCGUGAUGAGGUUAGAUGCCUCAAAGGCCGAUAAACCUCGCGAAGAGGUCCAGGCAAUCUCCAGUUGGCGUCUGGAUGACCUCACGGUCCUGGGGAUGCUCUCACCGACUUGCAUCGAUGCACACCCGGUACCAGAUGGUGAGGAGUGCCAUCGAACCUCAGAGGCCAUGGUAAACCUCACGCUGAGCCGCGAACCCGAGUACCACGUGUACACGGUACUGGCCCCCUGCACGAUCCUCACACUUCUCGCCCCAAUGAUCUUCUGGCUGCCAACCGAGUGCGGCGAGAAACUCUCCUUCGGUAUUUCCAUCUUCUUCGGUUUUGUUAUCUUUCAGCUGCUUGUUCAGGAUGAGUUGAGUGAGGCGGGAGGCGAGAAACCCUCAGUCAUGAUUCGUUACGUGCUCUUCAACUUCGCGCUUGUCGGUGUGGCAGUCAUGGUAUCUGCUGCAUCUAUUGCCCUCUACCACAGAGGUGAUGGCGGGGAAACCUCACAAGGCACGGCCGUGUGUAAGAUCUGCGCACCUCAUGCACAAGUUGGCAUUGAGGAUCCCCAACAAGCAAGACUCACUCAAGACAGGGAAGGAGAUGCAGCAAAGGAUGAGGAAAAACCGCAGUCAAAGGCAAAGAAACCCUGGAACUGGAAGAAAAUCGCGAAGUAUCUGGAUCGCGUCUCCUUUGUUGUCUAUUGCAUCGCAUUCUUCAUCUUCUUCUUGGCGAUAGUUGUUGAGGUUAUCCAGAUUUAGGGAGCAUUGUUACCGGGUGAGGCGCCAGAGGUUGCCGCUUUGUGAGGUUACCGGUACAAAUCGGGGCAUUCGAGAUCGCGAAGUUUUACCAGGGUCUGUUUACAUAUAGAUGUUUAGAUACUGACUCUUUGCACUCGUAAAGAUCCACCCAGAUAGCCCGAAUAAAUGUAAAGUACAACGAGAAUUAAUAAUCUUGUAUAUUGAUGAACAGUAGCGGAUCUGGGUUGGGUGAGGUGGGGGUGGGUCGAAGUUCCCCUGAUCUCACUAUCAGGGCAUGCCUUCGGCACACCUUCACUCACCGUCCCCCCUUUUAUAUCAACCCCUGUUUCCUGAAAGCCAGAUCCGCCCCUGAUGCAAGGCCUCCAUGUCUUUUGAUUUUGUGUGUAUAUGUUAUAUGAGAAAGUGUGAUUUUUAUGACAUUUCGAGAUUUGAACGCCCAUGCAAACACGAGUAACCGCGAUGUAUCAAAACGCGGAAGUGGAAUGAACUUAAAAUGAACUUAAACUACUGCCAGCAUGUGAAUAAAACAGUGUUCAGGUUAAGUCAAA